CCUUACCUGGGUAAUUGUGUAUGAUGUCAUUCAGAAGGUUGAGCAGAUCACGUGGGAUCGCCAAGGCGGUGCCGCCAUUGCAUUUGUUUUGGUGGUUGGAAAAUGUUUCUACUGCUUGGUUCCAACCAGGUGGAGUUUUUAGGAGCUGUCCGAUUGGAAUAAUACUGUGCUUCCUCCAAAAACUUAAGGAACUGUUAACUUUCAAAGUUCUGAGCACCUGGGGAGAUAUUGGCAAGACUGAUGCUUCAGUUUGGACGGGACACGGAAGUUAUUCACUGAACAGGUACCGCGGAGGUUUACUAUGUCCAUUUCGGAGUUUCUUGCUGUCAGCUGCUUUGCCCUUUGAGGAAAGUUUGGAGCGCUCCGCCACCUUGCCUACCAGAACUGCAGUGAGCAACCAAGAGCCUCUUCUCGGAGAGAAGAGUGACUCACAAAUGUCUGCUGCAGAUAUACUCCAUCCCAGAUCAGGAGGUUUAAGACCUGGCACUUGGGAGUAUGAGACAAACUCCAGGUAUGAUGAAGUACCUGUAGAUGGACCACUUCCCAGCACGGGAAGGACCUUAGAAAGUGUGAGAAGUUCUGAACUAGCAGGAAGCACAGAACCCCUGCCACCACCUCCCCUUCCACUGCAGCCUCCGUGUGGCCCUGGUUUUUACUCAAGUGAAGAAGAGUCAAGUACUGCAGUGGAAUUAAAACCAGUAAGGCGUUUUAUUCCAGACUCAUGGAAGAACUUUUUUAAAGGUAAAACUGAUGAUGCAAAUUGGGAGAGACCUGCUUCUGAUAUAAAUUUCAUCUCUGAAGGAAGACCAUGUUCUCCUCCAUCUUCUCCUGCACCACUUUCAAGUGACCAGGAUUCAAGGACAAAAGCCAACAGUCAUCCUUCAGCUGCCAGCUCCUAUAGGGAUCCAUAUGGUGGUUCAGGGGGAAGUUACAAUUCACGUAGAGAAACUGAAGCCAUGCUUAAUUCGAACCCUUCUGGUUCCUUGGAGAGGCAUCCUCAAACUGUACUGUCCUACAGUGAAAGGGUGGAGCUUUACAACAUGAAGUAUUCCUACAUGAAAUCUUGGGCUGGUUUGCUAAGAAUCCUGUGUGUAGUGGAACUCCUUUUGGGAGCUGCUGUUUUUGCAUGCGUUUGUGCUUAUAUACAUAAGGACAAUGAAUGGUACAAUAUGUUUGGAUAUGGACGUCCUGGUGGUUAUGCGAAUGCCAACAGUAUGUAUGGAGGUGGCUCCUAUUACUAUGAUGGUCCCAAAACUCCAUUUGUUCUUGUAGUAGCUGGACUGGCGUGGUUAGUGACUAUAAUUCUGCUUGCAUUAGGCAUGUCUAUGUAUUACCGUACAAUUCUCCUUGACUCUAACUGGUGGCCAUUGACAGAAUUUGGGAUUAAUGUUGCCCUCUUUAUACUGUACUUGGCUGCUGCUAUUGUCUAUGUAAAUGAUAUGAAUCGUGGAGGACUAUGCUAUUACCCAUUGUUUAAUACACCACUUAAUGCUUCAUUUUGUCGUACAGAAGGUGGGCAAACAGCAGCAGUAAUAUUUCUUUUUGUCACUAUGAUUGUAUAUCUAAUCAGUGCUAUUGUUGCACUGAAGCUGUGGCGGCAUGAGGCUAACAGGCGGCAUAAGCGAUAUCUAGAGUUAGAGAUGAAAAACUCUGACGGUUCUGCACAAACUGCUCGGCAUGAUGUGGCGGUUGGAGAUGGCAAAGUAAGGGGAACGGUGGUGCAGCACACCAGUCUGGAACCAGUGAAUAUGAAACCUGAAAUUCUCAAUGGCCACAUUCCUGCAGGACACAUCCCAAAACCAGUGAUUAUGCCUGAUUAUGUUGCGAAAUAUCCUUCAAUUCAAACAAAUGAAGAAAGGGAUCGCUACAAAGCUGUCUUUAAUGACCAGUUUGCAGAAUACAAAGAGCUGCAUGCUGAAGUCCAGGCAGUUCAAAAAAAGUUUUCUGAACUGGAUGCAAUGCUGACAAAACUGCCACAGUAUGCAGGAAACAAGCAGAUUUAA